AUGUUUGAAAAAGGAAUUCGUGGUGGCUUGACUCAGGCGAGCAUGAGAUAUGCAAAGGCUAAUAAUGAAAAGACACCAGAUUAUGAUCCAGCACAACCGAAAUCAUGGCUUGUUUAUCAGGAUUGUAACAACUUGUACGGUUACGCAAUGUCACAUUACAUGCCAUACGGAGGUUUUAAGUGGGUUGAACCAAAACUAGAUGGGCUAAAUGAUUUAAACGAUAGUUCACCAAUCGGACGGAUUUUCGAUGACAAGAGGGUUAUACUCGAGGAUAAAAUACAUACUCUGGCUCACGGUCACUACUCCAUAGAGGAAACCAGAACACUAGAGGAAGCAGAAGCCGAUUUAAUGCAACUUGCAGAAGCCGAGCAAAACAGAUAG